AUAAAUCACUGCAGUGCUUUCUGCUGUGAUCUGAUCAGAUACAGAGGCUUUUACAGUGAUCUUCACUAACUUGCUCGCCUCUUACUUGAUGCUACUUUGUGUACCUCUUAUCUGUAGGCUCUCUGGUACUCUAGCUUGUCAGAUGAUUUUGUUUAGAACAGAUUUUCUUUGUUCCUUUCAAGUUGGCUUGUCAACUUAAAAAAAUUUGAAAUGGUCUGUGAUGCCUGCCUGAUACAUGGGAUACCCAGUGUGGAUUUUUGUGCUCUGUAAGGUAAUGGAUAAUGUAUAGAGUGUAUAGACGGUCUCUGGCAUGUACAUUUUGCAUACAAUUACAAUAUUAUAACAAGCAUAUUUGAGAGAGGAUGCUGAAAAUGUACAAUGUAUGUACUUGUUGUGAAUAUUUAUGCAUUAUUCUAAAUCAAUGCAUAUUUUUUAUUGUGCUAUAAGCUUUUUGUUACAUGAGGGAUGCACUCAAAUGCAUGACCCACACCACCUGAUGGUCAGCUGAUCCAAACAAAUACCAGUCACGAUCAGGAUAGCAGUCCACUUAAACUGCCAGCUCCACCUUGAUCUGUAUGACUCCUACUCACUAUACAUCCAUGCUGUAGUUGACUAGUUACUGUACUCCCUCCGCUACUCCAGCCUCCCCCUGUUCUGAUUCAUUAUUAACCAGAUAUACUGUUCCUUUCAUGGCAUGUCUCUGUCAGCUUCUCUAUUGAAUGUAAGUGUGUUCUGUAUCUCAUUACUUGCCACAUCAUGUGGGCUUUGUUCUUUAACCCCCGGGGAGCUUUGUUAGACUCUGAAUGAAUCAUUAGCACAUCUACACGCUGUUUCCUUAUGGACUUUAACCUGUACAACUGGCAGCCCCGUGCCCUCCCAUCUCAGCCCACCCCCAUACACCACCCUUGGAGUAGACAGAAACAUGUGACAAGCUGGGAGUUCCUGUCUAGGGCCCCAUAACCUCACAGAUGUGGUUGUGGUUGUUACAUCAUAUUGUAGGUGUUACCCACUCCUGCUGAAAAGGUGUACGGUGGGAAUUUUGUCUUCACCACUGAGAGACAAAGCAGAACCUCAGUGUCCCUGUGCAAUUGAGCCAUAUUAUUAAUAUUGUUAAAUUUCGAAAAUUGAGGGAGCCAGUGAAGACACAUUUGGGACUAACCCCAACUAAAAAGAUCUGUGUGGUGCGUCUGGGCCCAAGCCCCUCAAGCCUCAGCGAUCCCUACCCGGGACGCCCGUUUCUCUCACACACUACCCAAUUGACCUGCGAACAUCCAUGGAAGAAAAGUACAAAGAGAUUGCUGAGGAGCUGUUCACACGCAGCAUGGCAGAGAGCGAGAUGCGAAGCGCUCCUUAUGAGUUCCCGGAGGACAGCCCCAUUGAACAGCUGGAGGAGCGACGGCACCGCCUAGAGAGGCAAAUCAGCCAGGACAUUAAGCUUGAGCCAGAGAUCUUGCUCCGCGCCAAACAGGACUUCAUGAAAAUCGACAGUGUGCCAGACCUAGAGUUAAUGAAGGAGAAGAGUUUGGACACUGUAGAUGAGGGCUUUAAGGAGAGGGCAAUGCCAAUGGAGCGAGAGUAUCAGCGGGUUUCAAUAUCUGGAGAGGAAAAGUGUGGGGUGCCCUUCACUGACCUGGUAGAUGCUGCUAAGUGUGUAGUGAAGGCAUUAUUCAUUCGGGAGAAAUACAUAAACCGAUCCAUGCAGGCCUUUUGUAAGACCACAGCUCACGCCUUACAGGACCUCGGAUUGAAGCCUCUGGAUCUGGGAGUCUAUGAUGAUAUACCAGAGACCCCUGUAGAUGCUGAUGCCCCCGUCCACCCACCUGUUUCAGAGACACACCCCUAUGACAAUCAGGACACUAAGAAUAUGCCAGCAGACACAGGAUAUGGGUGUAAGAUGGUGGAUGGAGUAGUCCAUGUCUACACCAAGUAUAACAACAUGGACAAAAGUACAGAACUGGACCUGCCGUAUCCUGACCUGAAGGAGUAUAUUGCAGACAUGAAUGUUAUGAUGGCCCUCAUUAUCAACGGGCCAGUGAAGUCUUUCUGCUAUCGCCGCCUACAGUACCUAAGCUCUAAAUUCCAGAUGCACAUCCUCCUGAAUGAGAUGAAGGAGCUAGCAGCUCAGAAGAAGGUUCCUCAUAGAGACUUUUACAAUAUACGAAAGGUGGACACGCACAUACAUGCAUCAUCCUGCAUGAACCAGAAGCACCUGCUGAGAUUCAUCAAGAGAGCCAUGAAGAAAUACCCCGAGGAGAUUGUUCACAUUGAGCGUGGCCGGGGUCAGACCCUCAAGGAGGUGUUUGAGAGCAUGAACCUGACAGCCUUUGACUUGAGUGUUGACACUCUUGACAUGCAUGCGGACCGUAACACGUUCCACCGGUUUGACAAGUUCAAUGCCAAAUACAACCCCAUUGGAGAAUCCAUCCUCAGAGAGAUUUUCAUCAAGACUGACAACCACAUUGAAGGAAAAUACUUUGCACACAUAGUCAAGGAGGUGUUGUCUGACUUAGAGGAGAGCAAGUACCAGAACUCUGAGCUACGUCUGUCUGUCUAUGGCCGCUCCCGAGACGAAUGGGACAAGCUGGCUCAGUGGGCCGUCAAACACCGAGUGUACUCUGAUAAUGUGCGCUGGCUUAUCCAGGUUCCCCGUCUAUUUGAUGUGUACCACACAAAGAAGCAGCUGGCUAAUUUCCAGGAGAUGUUGGAGAAUAUCUUCAUGCCUCUGUUUGAAGUCACAAUCAACCCCCGCAGUCAUCCUGAGCUGCAUCUCUUCCUAGAACAUGUGGUGGGCUUUGACAGUGUGGACGAUGAGUCCAAACCUGAGCACCACAUUUUCAACCUUGACAGUCCGCUGCCAGCCAGCUGGACUGAAGAAGACAACCCACCCUACUCCUACUACCUCUACUAUACUUACGCCAACAUGACUGUGCUCAACCACCUGCGAAGGCGGCGAGGCUUCCAUACAUUUGUCCUGCGACCUCACUGUGGGGAGGCGGGGCCAAUUCACCACCUGGUGUCAGGUUUCAUGCUAUCAGAGAACAUCUCUCAUGGGCUGCUGCUGCGAAAGGCCCCAGUGCUGCAGUAUCUUUACUACCUGGCUCAAAUUGGCAUUGCCAUGUCACCACUGAGUAACAACAGCCUGUUCCUCAGUUACCAUCGCAACCCGCUGCCGGAGUACCUGUCCAGAGGCCUCAUGGUCUCUCUGUCCACUGAUGAUCCACUUCAGUUCCACUUCACCAAGGAGCCUCUGAUGGAGGAGUACAGCAUUGCUGCUCAGGUGUGGAAACUGAGUUCCUGUGACAUGUGCGAGCUGGCAAGAAACAGCGUCCUCAUGAGUGGGUUUUCACACAAGGCCAAAAGUUACUGGUUGGGCCCAAGUUAUUCCAAGGAGGGUCCUGAAAGCAACGACAUCCGUCGCACCAACGUCCCUGAUAUCCGUGUGGCCUACCGCAGCGAGACACUCUGUGAGGAGCUUCAUCUCAUCACUCAUGCCGUGCGCACAGAAGAGCCUGACACUAUUGAUGAGGAGGACUCUCUGUCCAUGGGCCCUCUGCCGGGUCAGAGCUGAAAUCACAAUCAUUCGGUCUCUUCCUGUAAACCCCCAGCCCUGUGGUCCACCUAGCAUGACACUGAAGACACGUGGUGUGAGAGUAAUUCUGCUGUUCAUUCUACAUACAGUAUAAACACCACCGACCGUCACUAUAGAAGUAAAGCGCACACUGACAACUACACAGGUAUCGAAAAGCCUAAGAUACAGUGCUGCCCGAGCAGUUCAGCUUCGACAUUCUUCAGCUGCUUGUGUCAGAAUCGUUUUUCCGCUACAGAAAGGAUUCUGAAUCCAUAUUAUUGUUACAUUUUUUUAAUUCAUAUUUGAGGUUUUCCCCACCGUUUUUUUUUUUUUUUUUACCAGUCAGUAUGAGGACGGUUAGCAGGGAUGACCAGUACCAGGGGUUUUUGUGUGAAUCAACAUAGGGAAACACUAGAAGCCAGUGUUUACCUCACCAGACACACUUCAGGACAACACUCUUUUUGUUAGUCCACGAGUUUGACUGUCCACCCUGUCCUGCCACAGCCAUCAAAUGAUCCCUGUGAUGUUUUCUGUCAUUAAGUGGUAUAUUUUCCUCAGAGAUAUUACAUAGUGUGUAGUAUCUCUGUAGUAUUUAUAGAAAAACUAGCAAACAGUAGAUUUAAACUUUCUUAACCGUAAACCAGUUCUGAAUGUUCUCAUCUUCCACUUUACAGUCAUGCUGCUUAAAUAACCUUAGUGAAUCUAUCAACUUCAUAAUACAAACUUAAAAUUAUUACAGAUGCAGUUUUAUUGGAAGAAUUCUGUGAGAUUGUUGGUGAAGGUGGGACAAGAAUACACAACAAACUUUGACAAGUGGCUUAAAGCUUGAAGAGACUAAUUUAGAGUCCAAUAACAAGAGGGGAUAGCUUCUGUCUGAAUGCUGCAGUACUGAAUAUCGGCCACGCAUGGUGCUUGGUUUGGUUUCAGAUCAUUUAUUUGCCAAGUUGCACACACAGAGUCGUUCUUCCGUGAUUUCUGUCAGCUCCUGCAUAAACAGAAAACUCCAUAGACCUCAAGUUAAAGAGAGAAGCAGACCUUCUAUGGUUGACUGCAAACAUUCCAUGAAGCAAGCAGUUUGAGCUAGAGAGAAAAAAGUUCCAGUAAAUGUAGAAAAUCAUUUUGUUUUGAUAUUUCUGUGAGAGAUGUAAAGGGGAAGUGCGCAUUGUAAGUUUUAACCUAAGCGAAAGUAAUUGUGGACGAAUUCAGCACCGCCUUAGGAGAAAGCCCCCACCGUUACCUCACUGUGGCCAUGAACAUUUGGGCCCUCUGUCGCUCUGAGGGCCCUGAUGAUGCUCAUUCCUUCCCCAGUGAACGAACUAGAAAGUCUUGAGUUUUUUCCCUUUGCAUGCAGUGCACUGUACAUACGCACCAAGCGAAGAAUUCACAGUGCCUUUUCAUUUUUAGCUGUGGACACUGCAUGCUUAUGUUGCUCUUCUCUUCAUACUGUUUCCAUGUAUAAAGGUUUGCUCUUUAUCACGCAACAAGUAUUGCAUAUUGUUUUCCUCAGUCAUAUACAGUAGGCAUCUAUGCCAGUGUAAAAUCCACACUGAUGGAACUGAAGCCUCCUAGCUACAUGCUUGGUGUAAAGUAGCGUUUACCUUGGCCUUCAUCUGAGGAGGAAAUUGGAUUUUUUUCUAGUUCUCGGCUUAUAAGUGCUUUUUUGCAUGCCUGCAUGAAUAAUGGAUGACAGGAGAGAAUGAGUUGUUUACAGCAAGCUGUAAUGUAAAGCAAUCUAAACUAAUUCAGGGCUGCCGACCAGCUUCCGAAUCAGAAAUCUGUUUGCCGUGAAUAUUACGGCGAACAGAUUUAAACUCAGCAUUGUUCACCAUGUAGACAUGAGCAAACCGUGCUAGGGCAUGGAUAAGACUGUUGCAUGGUUCUUGUAGCAUUUAUUUUGAACUCGCCCCAAAUCCGGUUAAAGCUGGGAUCACACGCCUCAGAUUUUUGUAUGGUAUACUCAUCGUGUGGUCACACUACUCUGCCUACCCUUGGACACUGUCCAACCUCCCAUUAAACUGUGAGCAUUCUUCUUAAAUGGAGACCCUACUGUUGCGUAAUACACAAUGUCAAGACUAGUAAAUAAUGAAUCAGAAAAUCAGCCUUUAUUUGAAUAACCAACUGUAAUGUUUUGGGAUAUAUACAUGUUUGCUUCAUAGAUGAUUAGGAUGAAAGAUGAGGCUUCAUCUUUGUUCAACAAGAGUACAGUAGCUUAUAAGUGCACUGGAGUUUUGUGCUGAACACGGUGGAAUAGGUGUGAUUGUUGGAUUUCACUUAUAAAGUGUAUUUUUUUAAAGGCGAUAUAGAGAUAAGAAAUUUUAUAUUCACAAUAUAUUGAUGUCAAGGUUUAACACGUAGUUUUGUUGCCAUUUAUAAUUGUAGAUAAGUGAGAUGUCAUGAAAAUAGAGUUUUUUUCAAUGCGGUUUUCCUGUUGUUAGCCUUUUUAAUUUGUUAAAGUAACUAACUGGACACAAUAUUUUAGUGUCAUUUCGGCCUAUUUAAUGUAACAGUAACUGUUUUCCCUGAUGUUUUCUUUUUUAUUCAUGGCAGUUCUCAUUGUUUUCAUACACCUGUACCCUUCGUGAUAGAAAGGUACACAAUUGAUACCUCUUAUUUUAAAGCCAAAAGUUGUCUUUACAGUAGCCAGUCAGACACCAACCUUUAUUCUACAGCAGUUUAGUUGAAUGCAAACGAAUGACUGUUUUCAACUGUUGCUCUGUGAAAACCUCAGUCCUUUUCACUUGGGCUCAAACGAGUGAGGGACUUUGAUGGACACCGACUUGCCCUGAUACCAUCAGCACACAGGCUGAAGGACAAAGUAUAUUCGAGUAUAUUUCUGUUUAAUCACUGCAGCUUAAUUUCCUUAUUGGCCCUUUACUAGUUACAAUGUUUAACAACCACCUUGUUGACUACUUUGUAACACUUUGUAAGGUAAUUUUGGGAAUAAGUUGAUGACAGUGUACCCUGCUGUGAUAUGUUAUCACUGAGAGACAAUUAUGAUCUGGACUGACCUGAACCUUUUCCAUCCAUUCAGUUUCCAUCCAUUCGGCGUCAGAACUUGUUGUUUACUGUGUUGAUGUCCAGUUCAUGUCAUCUUUUACAGUCACCUCAGAGCCACUCAUCCGUGCAAUCACAGCAUAGUGCACCCUACCUCACAAAUACUAAUCUCUUAGAAUUGUUCAGAUAAUUGCAGGUCUGUCUUGUCCUCAGCAACAGCAGGGCUGCAACCUAUCAUUAUUUUCACUAUUGACGAAUCUACUGAUCAUUUUCUCAAUCAACCGGUUGGUCUAUAAAAUGAGAAAAUGGUGAAAAAUGCCCAGUUUAACUUGCACUCCAUAGUGCAAGUUGAUGUAAUCAGAUGGAUUGUUUCAUCCAACCAACAACCCAAAACCCCAAAAUAUCUGGUUCACCAUGAUAGAAAACAAAAAUGAAGCAAAAAAUCUUUACGUUUGAGAAGCUUGAAUCUGUGAAUCAUUUUGCUUGAAAAAUUAUUUAAAAGAUCAAGCGAUCAUCACAAUUGUUGCUGAUUAUUUUUCUGUCAGUCAACUAAUCGCUUAAUCCCAGUAAAUAAUGGCAAAGUAGAAACAAUUCACAAGAGAAAAGAAUGGUAGAAAAUAUUCAAAGAUACUAUUGAUUGUUCCCUGAGCACUAACACAGUGAUUAUUUGGAUGCCAACACAAAAACAUUACAAUUAUUCAAAUAUAUUAUUCACAGAUUGAUAGUUUACUAUCUUCAUGAACAAUUUGUGUGGUGAAGACAUUCAGCUUGAUUUAUCUCUGUGUACUUGCUUCGCUGGGCACUAAUUAUGAAGUAUUCUGAUGCUCACAGUCUAGUUGUGCUUGUGUUCGGUUGAUAUUUUUUCUAGUAUCUUUGUUUUUACAGUCUUUUUUGUUUUUACUUUUGCCUAGUUUUGUGUCCAUUGGUCUGUAGCCAUAUUAUUGCCUGAAAUGGAUUGCCAGUGUUUUACAGAUUGAAAUGCUUCUGCUAAGGUUCAUGUUUAACGUCUUAACAAUGAAAUAAAGCAUGUUUAUUCACUGA